UUCAGUCCAACUCUCGCGAGAGUUCCAACAACCCGUCGCCAUGUUAGCCUAGCUAGCCUGUUCGAGCUUAGCGCCUUGCUGGCUGUUUUUGAGGCAGACGGAGCACAGCCUGCUGGUUUACAGGCUGUUUAGUGUCGCUGGACUGUGCAGACUGCUGCCGUGUUCCCAUCAUCCUUUGCUUUGUCCAGCUGAAGGGACGUCAUCACGGGGAGGAAGAUGCUGAGGAGGAAGAGGAGGGUGGUGCUGGUGGUGUCGGUCCUCUGAUCUGUAUGGAGGAUGUGGUUCUGCACUAUCAGCCCGGAUCAGCUGCUGGGCUCAGCGGUCUGUUAGAGAGGACAGAGAGGCUCCUGGAGUCUUUCCCCUGCAGGACUCCCCCGGUCUUCACGCCCUGGUACCCCGCCGCCGCAGACCGCCACCCGCCCAUCAGACCGGCCAGACCAGCGCCCGUCAUCACCACCUGCCCGGCUGGUUCACUCGUCUCUGACUGCAGGACGCACGCUGGCACAGUUCACGUUCCACCUGGAAAUCCACCAGAACCUGAAGACGCCGCCUUCAUCUCAGAAACACCAAAGCACCUCCUCCCACAGAGGGAGGUCAGCGGACACAAAGAUGUCCUCCCCGUCACGGACUCCCCGCUCAAACGCUCCUGGAGCAUCUUCACACAGAGUGGAGUUCUGCAGAACGAGUCGCUGUCCAAAUCGUUCCAUCACGUGGUGUCGGUCCACAGGCUCCACCUCCACCAGAGGGCCAAAUGGGUGAUCGGUCGCCACAACUGUGGGGGGGGCAGAGACAUCGAGCAGGUGUGGCGGUCUCUGAGCCGGAGCUCCGGUCUGCCGCCGUGUAACGCCAACGUCCGGCGUGAGCGUGAAGAGAUCUGGGUGUUCUGUGACGUCGUCCGCUCCGAGCAGGUGGGACGCUUCCUGAAGGAGGAGCUGCAGCUGUCGGGGAGAAUCGAACUGUCGGUCCACAGAUGUGGAAACAUCUUCAGCAUGUAGACAAGCUUCAGAAUGAACAGUGUGAUCGAUACGGAGACGCUCAGUACGAUGAACAUGUUCACAGGUUCAGAUGAGAUCCAGAGGAACAAAUAUAUUAAUAUAUGUUAUUAUCAAACUGCUGUCUUAAUUAUGCAAAUGAAUUACUGGAUAUCGAAUCCCAGCGAGGAGACACUACUGAUCAGAUUUCAUUUAAAGUUACGGGUUAUUAUUUUUGCUUCUCAGAAUAUAAAUUCUAAUGUUUUUAUUGAUCACAUGACCUUUUCCUCCAGUGCAUCGGUUCCCAACUACUGGGCCGUUUACUGGUACCAGUCUGUGAGGAAGAUAUGACCACGGUGUCUUGAAGGGACAGUAGUGAUGUUUAGAUGUGUGGUAGUAUGACAGGGAACUGAAGCUGUUAGCUGUGCUCUCUACUAACACACCAGACUCCAUUGAGAAAAACAUUAAUUUAACCUCUCAGAACACAGGAGUUUCUGCUCUACUGCUGACUACAUCUGUUGGUUUGUUUGUGUUAUUGUGUGACUUUGUUGAAUCUGAACUAACCCUUUAAAACACCAAAAUCAUACAAUUACACAAACAAACUAAAAGAUGGAGGCAGCAGUAGACCAGGAACUCCUGUGUCCUGAGAGGUUAAAUGACUGUUUAUCUCUAUGGAGUCUGGUGUCUGGUAAUUUCCCAUCCACUGUGGGUAUUACUCUGACUAUGGAGAACCAGGGCUCACUACAUGAUGGAAUAUUUUAACAUCAGAAAUUCAGCAAACAUUCAGUAUUUAUUGAAUUUAAAAGCAUGUAAAUUCAGGACACAAUGAACUAUUUUCUAAUUGCCAUCGUGCUUUUUACAUCUUACAUCCUGUCUCUAAUGACAGCAAUCCUCCCAGUACAGAACUUAUUAAUAUUUAAUAGAACUCUACUUCACAGACGAACAGAUCUUUUGUGCCAAAGUCCAGUUCUGUUUUUGUAUGUUUAUGAAUUUGAGAUCAGAUCUUUAUAAUUGUAUUUUUGUUAUACAUAUAAAUAAAGGUUUAAUGUUUUUAAUGA